AUGAUGUACGAUGAAUGGGCAUAUACGGCCCAUGAUCAGGCAGAGCAGCCUCUACAAAAUGGAGGAGCAGAAGCACUGGUGGAGGAGAUUGCUCUACCAGUGCCAGAUCUUGUGCGACCGGUGACAGUAGAACCGCCAAGAGCCGACGUCCGAAAGAGAGCCGACACAAUCGAUACGCACCGUCAAUCAAUUUCUCUGCUUGAUGAUGCGCAUACACCCGGGUGGAUUGAGGAAUUGCAGAUGGCCGAGGAUGAUCGUACAUUCUCGGAGUGGUUUGAAGGCGUGGAAGACGAGAUGGCUCUAGCGGAAGAGGAAGCUUACCGCGCUUAUCGAGCCGAACUAUACUCAUCGCUCGCGACGUGUCAAUCUCUGAUCGUUGAUGCAACCUCUUCUCUUGAUCUCCUCGACUCCAUCUCUUUCGGGCUUGAUCAAAUCAAUUCCCGAACAUCAACUUUCCAACAACAAUGCGAGGCACUGCUUGAUUCACAGACACGUCUGAUGGACACCGCGGACGCAAUUUCAACGAACUUGCAGCCCUUCACCUCGCUCGACUUUUUUAUGCGCAAGCUUAAUGCGCCCGGUGCCGACUUUGUUACUGCUCCAGACUUUGCGCAGAUGUUGGCUGAGCUAGACCAGUCGCUGAGAUUCAUGGAUGAUAAGUCUGACUUCCUGGAUUCAGGUGCAUACAAAGCCCGUCUCAGGCAUUGCAUGACGCGUGCUAUGACCCUUAUCCGGGUGUACUUCGUCAACAAGGUGAAGGAGCUGGGGUCUGAUGUCCAGAGACAGCUAGCUGCGCCUGGGGUGAGUGAUACCACACGGGCUACCCUGGUGUAUACGAAGUUUCGCGUGCUUGGACCACACCUCGCUCCUCUGGUGGAGCAUAUCAGCAUUCGUGCCCGAACACACCAGGAGUACAAUGCUCUGCUGGGCGAGUGCUUUGACUACUACUUUGGGUUGCGCCGUCAGCUCGUUAAUCCCAAUGUUACGAAGCGCGUUGCGGAGAUCAAUGCCGCACACAAGGACCUGGUGAGUUUCGCCAGGAGCGCCAUUGGGUACAUCAAGACGAUUUGUGUAGACGAACGUGUUCUCUUUCGCACAUACGCCCGCCGGAACGGGGACGACAGUCUGAAGGCGUAUCUCCAAGGCAUUUGCGCGGCUAUCUUGGAACACUUGAAGCCACGGGCUGCCAAAGAGCAGAGCUUGAAUGAAUUGUGCGAACUGUGUACGUUCAUUCAGUCGCAAUAUCACCAAGGGCAUGAAGGAGAAGAAGUGAAUCCGUUUGACAUUAUCAAAGGAAGCAAUCCUGAGUACCAGAACGCUUCGAAAGGACCUGACUUCCACGUUCUGUUCCAACCCGCCCUUGUCGACAUUCAACGUCAAAUCAUCCUGCGCGUCCGUACUGCUAUUUCGAAAGGUAUUCAAAACUAUACGCCCACUGACGCUGAUCUCGAUUACCCGAACAACCUGGUCAACACAAACAGCUCCGCUAGUGUCCUGCUCACGCCAAGCACCCCGAUGCCGAAAACACCGAAGAUUGUCGAAUGGGAUUACGCGAGGAGCCCGGAUUUGGGAGAUGAGUCGAGGUAUUAUCUCGAUACGGGAAGUUUCGUACAGGGCUGGUAUCCCACGAUGAGGAACGCUAUUGCACUCUUGUCGAGAACCCAUGGAAUACUGAGUUCACGAUACUUUGACAACCUUGCCCACGAGAUCGUUCGUGCGUGCAUCACCUCCUUGGUUAAGGCCUUCACCCUCAUCUCGACGAAGCACUCUCCGAUCGAUGGGCAUCUCUUCCUCAUUAAGCAUCUCCUUAUUUUGAAGGACCAAGUCUCCGCUUUCGACAUCAACGCGUACACGGAGCCGGAACCUGCGGAGUAUGUUGGUUUGGCUGGUGCAGUCUCUGAAAUCUUCUCGACCGGAGCAAGUCUGCUCUCCCCUGGUAUUUUCAGACGAAUCACCGGGGUCGGAACAGAUGACGGUACGAACAAACCCGACACCCGUACAGAGCUUGAUGAGAGGUUGCGUAAGGCUGUCAAUGGAUUGACGGACUUUUGUACGACAGCAUUGACAGCACCUCUGUCUUCUUCUAGUCCACCUGCAGUGCAGUUGAGCGAGUUCAGGGUUAAGGCUCAGAGUGAAGUCCCUACAUACGAAGACAAAUUCAACAAAUACUUGGAAGAUGAACGGACCACGGCGAUCUUGUUGGGUGCUAUUCAAGACGGAAUCAGCGAAGCGUACGAGAAGUACUAUCAAAACCGUGUUCGAGACGGGAAGGCAGGGAGCAGGGAGGAGGAUGUAUGGGACGCAGCUCAGAUGCUGGACUGGCUGGAUGGGAUCAUGGCACAUCAAAGAACAUCAUACAUUGAGGGAGAUGAGAAGAUGAGGGCAGGGUCACUAGGUGACACGAGCCUGUCUGCAUUGGGCAUCAAUACGUGA